AUGUCGGCGGGAAGCUUGCUGAGACUCUACGGUCACUUUCUGGGCCUCGUCCAGGCAUUCGCCCAGGGUCAUGCGAAAGGAAUCCUCCUCAAAGGUGUUUUCAUACCCUCGCCGCAAGCAAAGACACUCUCAAAGGCGCAACACUUUAACGAACCCUCGACUCCCAUCAUCACCCGUUUUCCUUCGUCGACAGGAAAUCCGGAUAUCCCAGACUCGGACCCACGCAGUAAUCAUCGUGGUCUCGCUAUUCGCUUUCAACUAGCCGAGACGCCACGUCGUUUACAUACGGAUAUCAUUGAUGGUAUCCCUGGUAGUAAUGGCGAGGAGGCGCUUGAAUUCUUCACUGCUCUGAAAAACGGCACCAUCACCGAGUAUAUCAAGGGCCAUCCCAAGGCGGCCCAUUUUUUCGUUGCUGCUUCUGGGGAGGAAACAUUUGCCCGAUACCGAAUCGAGCCUGUGUUAGGCGUGCAAGAAUUGAGUGCCGAGGAGGCGGCUGCUAAAGGCUCGAACUAUCUCUACGAUGGGGUUGUAGAAAUGAUGGGCAAAGGACCAGUUCAGUUUAAGCUGACGGUCCAGAUAGCGGAGGAAGGGGACGUAACAGAUGAUCCCUUUGUCAAGUGGCCAGGGACAAGACAGGUGAUGGAGCUGGGAACCAUCAGUCUGGUAGACGUAUUGAAUGGCAACGCGGCUCAGCAGAAGUAUAUCAUUUUUGAUCCUAUUCCAAGGAUAGAUAGUUUGAAGCAUCCGAUGACCAGCUGCUUCAGUACAGAGCGGGAGCAUAUUUAA